CAUGCGCAGUAACCAAAGUGUGUUCCACUAGUGGUUAUUGCGUGGCUUUAAAUUUUAUUGGAAUAAUUUGGAACUUAGAAAUAUUAUUAAAAAUGAGCCGAACCUACAAUGACGAGUUGCAAUAUCUUGAUAAAAUCAGUAAAAACUGCUGGCGCAUCAAAAAGGGGUUUGUCCCUAACAUGCAGGUGGAAGGGGUUUUCUAUGUGAACGACCCGCUGGAGAAGCUGAUGUUUGAGGAGCUCAGGAAUGCCUGUCGAGGGGGAGGUUUUGGUGGCUUUCUUCCUGCUAUGAAACAGAUUGGCAAUGUGGCUGCAUUACCUGGAAUUGUUCACAGGUCCAUUGGUCUGCCGGAUGUGCACUCUGGUUACGGGUUUGCCAUUGGAAACAUGGCGGCCUUUGACAUGGACAACCCUGAUGCUGUGGUCUCACCAGGUGGUGUGGGGUUCGAUAUUAACUGCGGAGUCCGACUGCUGCGCACAAACCUGGACGAAGGCGAUGUCCAGCCGGUCAAGGAACAGCUCGCUCAGUCCAUGUUCGACCACAUUCCUGUGGGAGUGGGAUCCAAGGGCGUCAUCCCCAUGGGCGUCAAAGAUCUGGAGGAAGCUCUGGAGAUGGGGGUGGACUGGUCCCUGCGGGAAGGCUAUGCCUGGGCGGAGGAUAAGGAGCACUGCGAGGAGUAUGGCAGGAUGCUGCAGGCUGACCCCAGCAAGGUCUCCUCCAAAGCCAAGAAGAGGGGGCUCCCGCAGCUGGGAACCCUUGGCGCUGGGAAUCACUACGCUGAGAUCCAGGUGGUGGAUGAGAUUUACAACGACUAUGCUGCCAAGAAGAUGGGCAUCGAUCACAAGGGCCAGGUGUGCGUCAUGAUCCACAGCGGCAGCAGGGGGCUGGGGCACCAGGUGGCCACAGACGCCCUGGUUGCGAUGGAGAAGGCGAUGAAGAGAGACAAGAUCAUAGUGAACGAUCGACAACUGGCCUGUGCACGGAUCACCUCCCAGGAGGGGCAGGACUACCUGAAGGGCAUGGCUGCAGCCGGGAACUAUGCCUGGGUCAACCGCACCUCCAUGACCUUCCUAGCCAGACAGGCCUUUGCCAAAGUGUUUACCACGACCCCUGAUGACCUGGACAUGCACGUGAUCUACGACGUGUCCCACAACAUCGCCAAGGUGGAGGAGCACGUGGUCGACGGGAAGCAGCGGACUCUGCUGAUCCACAGGAAGGGAUCCACGAGGGCCUUUCCCCCCCACCACCCCCUCAUCGCCGUCGACUACCAGCUGACCGGGCAGCCUGUCCUGAUUGGAGGCACCAUGGGGACGUGCAGCUACGUUCUGACCGGUACUGAGCAGGGCAUGACCGAGACCUUUGGAACCACCUGCCACGGAGCUGGUCGAGCAAUGUCCCGUUCAAAAUCGCGACGCAACCUGGAUUUCCAGGAUGUUUUGGACAGUCUUGCAGACAAGGGUAUUGCGAUCCGUGUCGCCUCCCCCAAACUGGUUAUGGAAGAGGCUCCCGAAUCCUACAAAAAUGUAACAGAUGUUGUGAACACUUGCCAUGAUGCAGGGAUCAGCAAAAAAGCAAUAAAACUGCGGCCUAUUGCAGUCAUCAAGGGUUAAGAGAGCCGUGGACAGAAUGUCACCAGUGGCCUUUUGGAACAGCCCAAGAAGACGUUCUGGUUCUAAAUGCUUCAGUUUGGAAGUUACUCAAAGCUUGUGAGGAUCUGAUGAAUUGAAUUCAGCUACAGCAGUAAGUUGAGUUUCGCUACAAGGAGUAUAUUCAGACAGCCUCAACCAGCAUUGACGACUUCAAAAAUGUAUGAAAAUUAUUAAGGCUGAAGGAAUGUAAAUUUGAUUCCACUUUUUUUUUUCUCUCUUUUUAGUCUGAUAAUUAGUGUUGGAUUAUUAUUAUUUCUCUUGAAAAUUGAAUUCAGUGAAGUAGGCUAAUUUCUGUAACUUUUUUGUUUACUUUGUUUAGGAAUAUUAUUGAAAUCAACAGGUGCCAGGAGUUUGAACAAUCAGGCCUCUGCUAAAUCUGCUCUGAACCGAGUCUUUAGGUUGACUGCUAGGAGUUGUGCAUGCAGCUAUAAGGGAAGGAACAAUAUGUUUAAAGCAUUGCUGUAUCUCCUGGCUGCUGAAUUAUUUCAAUAUACUUAACUGACAGUAGUUCGGAAACUCAGGACUGUGUAGGGCUGGUGUCAGUUUCUAACCCUGGUAUACUUUUAUUUUCAAAGCAGCAUUGUCUGAUACUUACCUACUGGUUUUGUUUUAUUAAGGCUACUUUGUGAUGAAUAAAGCCCUGAAUGAAUGAAC